AUGUUUCCUCCGCAGCGCGAUUCCCGCCGCCUCGCAUCGCUGGCGAGAGAGCCAGAGCAGCGCCGGAAUCACCUCACGGGUCCGCAGACCGCCGGCAGACCGCGAAGUUUCACUCGGUCCAGGAUACUCCUCCAAGCGACUGAGAGGUGCAGCACGACUCAUCACUUUGGAGGGAAAGAGGAAGGGAUAAUUUCUCUCGCGCAAGAACCUGUCCUGAGCUUGUUCUUGGGUCGAACCCUCAGCUGGUCACAUAGCAACCAAGCACCGAUGCAUUGUGGGAACACCAUGGCACUGAGGAGCUCAUUGGCUGGCCUGGCCUUGGUUGCCCUCGGCGUCCUCUGCACCACAGUGCGGGGGGAGGGGCUUGUGAGGACCACCCGCAUCAGACGGCAGGCCCUGGACGGGGACAUCGCCGCGGGCAACGAGACGGCGAAGGACCAGCCGAUGGUCUUCAAUCACGUCUACAACAUCAACGUGCCCCUGGAGUCGCUGUGCUCUGUGGACCUGGAGUCCGGCCCCGGGCGCGCGGCCCCGGCCGAGACAGGGGCCCCGGCCUCGGAGUACGUGGAGCAGACGUCCGACCUGGACAGCCAGGUCACCUUCACCCACCGAAUCAACAUCCCCAAGCAGGCCUGUGCCUGCCCGGCCGCCACCACUGUGCAGCAGCUGGCCAAUCGAAUCGAGAUGCUGGAGAGGGAGGUGUCUCUGCUCAGGGCCCAAUGCGGGACCGGCUGCUGUGGAGAGAGCGCCGCCAUUGGCCGGCUGGACUUCUUGCCCCACUGCAGCGGCCACGGCGCCUUCAACAUGGACGUGUGCGGCUGCGUGUGCGAGGAGAACUGGACGGGCAAGAACUGCUCGGAGCCCCGUUGCCCCGGCGACUGCUCGGGCCAGGGCGUGUGCGUGGAGGGCGAGUGCGUGUGCGACCGCGACUUCGGCGGCGACAACUGCUCGGAGCCCCGUUGCCCCGGCGACUGCUCGGGGCGUGGCCUGUGCAUCGACGGCGAGUGCGUCUGCGAGGAGGCCUACGCGGGCGAGGACUGCUCGUCCGGCCGCUGCCUGAACGACUGCUCCGACCAGGGCUUCUGCGUCAACGGCACCUGCCAGUGUCGCCCGGGUUACGCCGGCGAAGACUGCUCCUUCGCCACCUGCGCCAACAACUGCAGCCAGAAGGGCACCUGCAGGAGGGGCAUGUGCGUCUGCCAGGAAGGGUUCGGGGGAGACGACUGCUCUUCCGUGGCCCUGCCCUCAAACCUGCGGGUUCGCGGGGUUACGGAACGCACCAUCGACCUGGAGUGGGAGGGCUCGCCGGUGCUGACGGACUACCUGGUCACCUACGCGCCCACCAGCCCGGGGGGCGUUCAGCUGGACAUCCGGAUGCCCGGCAACGUCACCAGCUGCACCAUCGGCGAACUGGAGCCGGGCAUCGAGUACAACGUCAACGUCUACGCCGUGCUCAACAAGGUCAUCAGUGCGCCCGUCAGCACGCAGGUCUCUACCUAUCUCUCCAAUCCCGAUGGCUUACUCUUCAAAUCCAUCACGGAGACGUCCGUGGAGGUGCGCUGGGAGCCCUUCUCCUACUCCUUUGACGGCUGGGAAAUUAGCUUCAUUCCGAAGGAUAAUGAAGGAGGUAUGACAGCCCAGUUGCCUAGCACCAUAACCACCUUCAACCAGACUGGCCUCAGGCCAGGGGAGGAGUACACCGUCAACCUGGUGGCCCUGAAGGACCAGGGUCGGAGCCAGCCUGUGACGGCCACCGUCACCACACUGAUCGACGGCCCAAGCCACCUGGUCGUGCGGGACGUCUCGGACACGGUGGCGUUCGUGGAGUGGGCCCCGCCCAAGGCCAAGGUGGACCAGAUCGUGCUGCGCUACAGACUGCUGGGCUCGGACGGGCCCCGCACCACGUUCCGGCUGCAGCCCACCCUCAGCCAGUACUCUCUGCAGGUGCUGCGGCCCGGCUCGCGCUACGAGGUGUCGGUCAGCGGGGUCCGCCGGGGCAACGAGAGCGACUCCGUCUCCACCGAGUUCAGCACCGAGAUCGACGCUCCCAAGAACCUGCGGGUGCUGUCGCGGACGUCCUCCACGCUGGAGGUGGAGUGGGACAACAGCGAGGCCGAAGCCGAGCUCUACCAGGUGGUCUACAGCACGCUCGCCGGCGACCAGUACGACAAGAUCAUCGUCCCGCGCAACGACGGCCCCACCACCAAGACCACGCUCACGGACCUGGUGCCUGGGACGGAGUAUGGGAUCGGAAUAUCUGCCCUCCUGGGGGGUAACCAGAGUUCCCCGGCAACAAUGAACGCUAGGACAGGUCUGGACGUUCCCAUGGACCUGACGGUGACCGCCUCCACAGACGACACCAUCUCCCUGCUCUGGGGCCUGGUGCAGGGCCCCAUCGACCACUACAAGAUCACCUACACCUCCUCUACGGGGGUCACCACCGAGGUGACCGUGCCCAAAGACCGCUCCACCAUCACCCUGACCGAGCUGGAGCCCGGCACGGAGUACACCAUCACCGUGGCAGCACAGCGUGGCAGGCAGCAGAGUGCAGCCGCCACCAUCGAUGCCUUCACAGGGUUCCGCCCGGUCACGCAGCUCUACUUCUCGGACGUGACCUCGUACUCUCUGACGGCCGCGUGGAGCGCCCCGGCGCCGCCGGCGGACAUGUUCAUCCUGAACUACAGCCCGGCGGAUGGAGGGGACACCCUGGAGGUGACCCUGGAGGGCUCCAAGACCCAGGCCACCCUCACCGGCCUGCUGCCCUCCACCCUGUACACGGUCACCCUCAUCACCGUGCAGGGGGACAUGACCUACGAGCCUGUCACCGGCUCAGCCGUCACAGGGAUGGACCCCCCUCGGGAUGUUAUCGUGUCCUACGUCACCGAAGACUCUGUUACCAUCUCAUGGAGCCACCCCAUCGCCCGAUUCGAUUACUACAAGAUGUCUUAUGAGUCAGCACGAGGAAGGGUGGACGGCAUGGUGAUCGAGAACGAUGUGACCAACUACACGCUGAGCAGCCUCUACCCCGCCACCGAGUAUGCGAUCAGCCUGAACGCGGUGCGAGGGAGCCAGGAGAGCGAGGUCGUCAGCACCAGCGUCUUUACAGCCAUGGACAUGCCCUUGGACCUGAUGACCCUGAACAUCACCCCCCAGGGAGCCCUUCUGCGGUGGACACCCCCUCUGUCCAGUGUGGAUAACUACGUGCUCACCCUCACGCGCAACCAAGUUCCCGCCGACACCAUCCUGGUGGAGGGCAGUCGUCAGGAGCACCAGCUGAGCCGGCUCCUACCCUGCACCAGCUACUCUGUGGCCCUGUACGCCACCAAGGGGCCCCUCACCAGUGGGACUGUUAUCGCCAACUUCGCCACGCCCAUGGACGCGCCAAAGAACCUAACGGCCAGUGAGGUGAACCACCGGAGUGCCCUCAUUUCCUGGCAGCCGCCCGUCACUGACAUCGAUAACUACAUGCUCACGUACAAGUCUUCAGACGGCAACCGCAAAGAGCUGAUCCUGGAUGCCGAGGACACCUGGAUCCGGCUGGAGGGCCUGGCGGAGACCGCGGAGUACACCGUGAGGCUCCAGGCCGCCCGGGGCCUGGAGACCAGCGCCAUCGUCUCCACCUCCUUCUCCACGGGAAACCGCCUUUUCGCCACACCCCAGAACUGCGCCCAGCACCUCCUCAACGGGGAGACUCUCAGUGGCGUCUACACCAUCUACAUCAACAGGGACCCCAGCCAGGGCGUGCAGGUGUACUGCGACAUGACUACAGAUGGAGGGGGGUGGAUCGUCUUCCAGAGACGGCAGAAUGGCUUGACGGAUUUCUCGAGGAAGUGGAGUGACUACAGAGUUGGCUUUGGCAACCUUGAAGAUGAGUUCUGGCUGGGCUUGGACAAUGUCCAGAGGAUCGCCACACAGGGCCGCUACGAGCUCAGGAUAGACAUGAGGGACGGACAGGAGUCUGUGUACGCCACCUACGACAAGUUCGCCAUCGGAGAUGCCAGGAACCUCUACAAACUCAGAAUAGGAGAGUACAACGGCACGGCGGGCGACUCUCUGAGCUACCAUCAGGGCAGACCCUUCUCCACCAAGGACAGGGACAACGACAUCGCCGUCACCAACUGCGCCCUCUCCUACAAAGGGGCCUGGUGGUACAAGAACUGCCACCGAGCCAACCUCAACGGCAAAUACGGGGAGUCCAGGCACAGUCAGGGUAUCAACUGGUAUCACUGGAAAGGCCACGAGUUCUCCAUCCCCUUCGUGGAGAUGAAGAUGAGACCUUUCAACUACCGCAGCAUCAGUGGCAAACGGAGGAGGUCCACUGUUCUAUAAUUACCCUGCCCGCCCUGCCCUGUCCUCUGCCCCCACAUUCCGCUAGCCUUUCCUAUUUUGACAUAGGAGGAAGUACCGAGCUGUGUAAUUUAUCCAAUAAAGGGUAGGCGUACGGAGAUGACCUUACUGUUGGAAAAGCCACCAGAGACAGGGAAGUGAGACAAGUUUCAACACCGCUAUCUUUUGAGUCAU